AUGUUGAAUGAUAGAAGGUCUUACACCGUGAUUCCCUAUGAGAUACACAGCUAUUCAACAUAUGCCUCUGUAUACAUGCCAAGCAAUAUCAAAAAGAAUGACCCCAUGGAUCCAAACUCAAGAUGGUCGACAUCAACUAACGAUCAUCUCCAAUAUAUCAUCUUAAAGAUCCCUCCAAGCCUUGUGGUGACCAUUACAUUUGGAAAGUACAACAAGAUGCAUGUAUCGAAUGUUAAAAAGAUGAGAAUAAGCGUUUCCGGAGAUGGCGUCGAGUACAAAGAGGUCUUGUGCGGAGGCCUAAAAAACGAUUCUGAAAUGGAGACCUUUAAUCUCCUUGUAAAGGAUGAGACAUAUUACAUUGCCCAGUAUGUGAAGAUUGAGCCUCUUGCUGCAUGGGGAGUCAACUUCAGCUACUCUUUAUGGUUUGUCGAGCUGAGAGGAAUAGCCGAUGUCGAGAAAUUUGCAAGAUACAAUGAAAUGGUUAUUUUUGGGAAAUCCAUGAGAAACUGCCUGAAAUUCCUGAGAGACUGUGGAUUUAGAGAUGUUUAUGAGAUUCUCGAGAAAAGAAGCUCCGAUAAAAUAGAAGACGAAAUUGUAAAGCACAUAAGGCACCUGCUGGAAAGCCAUAAGUACGAGGAUACAGAAGAAGUACUGGAUAGGUUAGAUCCGUGUGUCUUCCAAGGAUUCAUAGAUAGUUCUCCCUAUUCAUUGGUGUGGACAGAGAUACCAAGAGCCGAGGUAUGGCCUUGCGAAAGAGGAGGACAUCAAAUGGUUGAAAUGGAUGGGAGUUUGUAUCUUUACGGGGGAUGGAACGGAGUGGAAGAACUAGAGGACUUCUGGAGAUACAGAGGCGGAGAAUGGAGUGAGAUUAAGAUGAAUACAGUAUCACCAGGGAAAAGAAGUUGCCACCGAAUGGUUUCAUACGGGUCGAAACUUUAUCUGAUGGGGAAAUAUAUCUGCUUAUCCUCUCGCAAGGUCUUUUCAGGGAAAUCAGACAUAUGGGUCUUCGAUGGAAACUGGAGGGUGAUUAACUCGGACGAAGAGGGAGGACCGGGAAACAUAUAUGAUCAUCAGAUGGUUGUUGUGGGAGAUAAAUUAUAUGUGUUCGGAGGAAGAUCUACAGAGAAGGAAGACACAUACUCUGGACUUUACAUGUUUUCACUUGACGAAAGAUCCCUGGGCUAUGGGAUGGAGGUCUUGGGAAAGUGUGGAAGAACAAAUGAAGUUGGAAAGCCCAUCUCAGAGACAGAUGGAAGGUACAGGACUUGCGGCCAAUUCGGCGGAAAAGAGAAGAGAUCUCCCGGUAUGGCUGAGAUUUCUCCAUCAUUUGGAACAGGGAUCUCCCAGGAAAAUAUGCUAGAUGAAUCCAACUCCCGCCAUGAACCUUCAACAUCGUCGUCGAGUUUGUUUAGGAGCAGGUGGAUGGUAAUAAGGUCGGAUACAAUGCAACCUUCAAGCACUCCCUCUCUGAAGUCAAGACUGGAGCAUAGUAUGGUGUUUAUUCCCCCUGACUAUAUCGAGGGUAGCAUCUACAACAAUAGCCUUGUAGUCAUAGGAGGGCAGAAGAACAAAAGCUCGAUGAGAGAAAUGGUCUUUUACAGACUGGACACAGACACUGUUUUCCAAAGUGUGCCAUUCCCAAUCAGUGGAGAGGGAAGAGUUGUCCAGAGGGGCCUUCUGUACUUGAAUGAGAUUGUUGUUCUUUUCUGCCAUGGAAAAGAGAAGGAAGGAAGAUUUGAAAACAUAGAUGUAUAUACCUUUUCUCUGAUUAAGAAGAAAUGGACUGAAGUGGUGGUGAAGUCAAGAACAGAAGCCGGAGUGGAUAUCAAACCGGCGCCAAGGUCCGCACACCAGUUUGUAGAGAUGGAUGGAUGGUUUUACUUGUUUGGAGGGAAUAUCUCCGAAAAGGUAGACCGGCGCGUAAAUGACAUGUGGGUGUUUAGGCUUGAAAAGAAGACAAACAAAGAGAUACGCCAUCUCUCAAAGUUUCUGGUUAGGAAACAUAAAUACCUCUAUCUUCUUGGGAUCGACGAAGAGAAGGCAAUCGAUUAUCUCAGAACUUCUGUCCUGAACAUGGUUGUGGACGACGAUACAAGAGAGCUCUUUGAAGAGCUUUGCCACGAAGUGUAUAGGAGAAAGAUAUUUGUAGACCCUGUUGAGGAUAUCUGUAGACUGUUAACAACAGCGAAAGAAUAUUAA